AUGACACCUUCUCCCGAAUCUUUAAGGUUUACCGGAAGUGCUCUGAAUCUUUUCACUGCACUGUCUUCUCAACCGAAUACGACUGUGCGUGUCAAAGAAGGAGAGAGGAGAGAUUGUUUGGUUUCAAGGGUGCUCGCAGAGAGUCGGCGCGUCGUACCGCGCCGCAUCGCACUCCCAAUGUUGCUCUCAAAUCCUUUCGGUAUUUUUCAAGAUCGUCUCUCCGUACUUUUCUACAAGUAUGGUCUCACUGUCAGCUGCAAUCCUCGGCCCUUUGUGCUAAUACCUGUCCUGAUCACCUUCUUGCUGUCGCUCGGUGUAUUUACUAUGGAUGUUGAAGAUGAUCUCAGAUUUCUGUAUUCACCGAUUAAUUCCCCGGCACGAUUUGAAUACAGCAUACACAAAGCAUUUACCGGUGAUUCCAUCAACAGUACAUAUGUUGCGGUAGCUGUUGAACCAAACAACAAUUUGCGCAAUCUGUUAAGAAAGGAGAUUGCUGCCGAAAUUCUGAGUCUAAAUGAGUUUGUUCUAAACAAUUUAACUGUUAAUCUAAAUGGCCGAAUUUAUAAUUUCGGCAAAGACAUUUGUAUACGCACGACGCUUUGUCCACUCAGUAAUACCAUUGUACAGUUUUUCUUCAAUGCCUUCUGGAAUGAGAAGCUAUGGGAUGAUCCACGUGUACGUUUGGAUUAUCCGUUUCUGUACUUCUUCGAGAAUAAGUUCUUCUUGCCGCUUCAUCUGUACGGCGUGAAACUUGGAGGAACGAAAGGUAUUGAAUCGAUAGAAAUGAUACAUCUUCAUUAUCCCAUACCAUCUACGGAUCAUGCAAAGAGAGGUGCACAUGGAAUGAAACUUCAGGAGACGGCCGAAGUGGUUGGCGGUGCACUUGAAAGCGCGUUGAAGGAGUACUUGGCGGUGAACGAGCGAAGUCUGAUCAAAACAUCCAUGUUCAGCUUCUCGAUGCUGAAAAAUGAGAUGAACAAAAAUGCGCUCUACACCUUCCCCUUCAUCUCACUUACUCUUCUUCUACUGGUCACUUUCACUAUCCUUUCAUGUAUGACAGGUGACUGGGUCACAUCGAAACCACUGGAAGCUCUGAUGGGUGUACUUUCAUCAUCCUUUGCAAUUGUCAGUGCAGCUGGAUUCAUGUUCUUCAUGGGAAUACCCUUCGUUAGCCAGGUAACGGUAAUGCCAUUCCUAGCAUUGGCUAUUGGUGUAGAUGACACGUACGUAAUGCUCGGAGCAUGGCAAGACACACGACGUAGUCUUCCACCGUCCAAGCGAAUGGCGCUAUCGCUACAAGAAGCUGGCAGUGCGAUAACAGUAACAUCAAUCACCUCGAUGCUUUCCUUUGGCAUAGGCUCGUUCAGCACCACUCCAGCAAUAUCUAUAUUUUGUCGUUUUAUCGCCAUGGCUAUUAUUUUCGAUUGGUUUUAUCAGGUAACAUUUUUUGCCGGUGUAAUGGCACUUGGUGGCAAGCGUGAAGCUGUUGGCUAUCAUUGCAUAUUCGUUUGGAAAAAAAUGCCCAAAAAGAUUGUCGAGGAGUCCAGACAAAACACCGUUUUAUCAAUAACGCAUACAUUGUUCGCGGAUUACAUUGCGCCAUUUCUGUGCCACAAAGUAACGCGCAUCACUUUAAUUGGUAUUUACGGACUGUACAUCUUUGGCGCAUUUUACGGAUGCUCAUUGUUACGACCAAAUUUGACACCAAGCCGCUUAUUAGUGGAUGAUUCCCCGCUGACUCAUUAUCUGAAAUUGGCCGAAACGAAAAUAUGGUCGGAAGGGAUGGUCGGAAGAGUGUAUGUGAACAAUGCGCCCGACUUCACCGCUGAUCCAAACCAGAUCAAUGUUAUGCUACGACUGGCGGAAGAUUUGGAAAACACAGCUUGUUCACUGGGAAGAAACUCCACUCAGUUCUGGCUUCGGGAAUAUUUAAACUACCGACAAUUCUUCGAAAGUAAUGACGACGACUUCUACGAUACUCUCGAGUCGUUCCUCAACAUAUCCUUCAAUUCACAUUGGAAUGCAUACCUGUCAUGGACGCAACAUCCAACAAAGCCUGGUAAGAGAUACGUGAACCGUUUCUUCUUCACAACCGCUUUCAAAAUCAAAGACUGGAAAGUUCGUACUGCGUUACUGUUACAGUGGCGUAAUAUUACGAGUUAUUAUGCAAAGUAUGAAGCUUUGGUUUUCGACGAAAAUAACUUCUAUUCGGAUCAAAUGCUGGAACUGCAAUCAACAACAUUGUCAUCGUUAGGUACCGCAAUUCUGGCCAUGAUUAUGGUAUGCGUUUUAUUCAUCGCCGAUAAUACCAUCGUAUUCUGGGUUGUUUUCGCUAUGAUUUCAAUGGAUAUCGGCAUUGCUGGUUAUCUUUCUCUUUGGGGAGCCGACCUGGACCCAACAACUGUGGUCAAUAUCCUGAUGAGCAUCGGUUUAUGCAUUGACUUCGCUACUCAUGUUGGUUACCGAAUCUAUCGGAGCAAGUGCCGGAAUCCCGACGAACGUAUUCGAGAUGCACUGGGAGCGGUUGGUUGGCCGGUGGUCCAAGGUGGAACUUCAACAUUCCUAGCUAUUAUUGUGAUGAUGCUGGUACCAUCGAAUGUGGUACGCAUGUUCGCGCGUACAUCCAUCUUGGUCGUUCUAACGGGUCUAUUUCAUGGGGUUGUUUUGCUGCCUGUCAUUAUCAGGACAUUUGCUUCUUAUCCCACUUGCGAAAAGAAUCUUCAAGUAAAGGGGUAA